GGUCGGGCUUUGACUGGCUGGAAAUUCCCGUCCUCCGCGGCUCCUCCCCCGCAGAAAUCCCCCGGCCGCGCCGUAUAUGCGAGGCGCCGCCGCCGCCGCCGCUCACUGCAGUGCCCGCAGCUCCGCCGCCAUGAUCGCCGCUCACCGCGCCGCCGAGCCGCCCGCUAUGGAUGGCUACGAGCACCCCAAGAAGGAGCGCCAGGGCGCCUUCCCGCUCGACGACCGCCACGACAGUGGCCUGGACUCCAUGAAGGAGGAGGAGUACCGGCAGCUGGUGAAGGAGCUGGAGGACAUACGGCUGCAGCCCCGCGAGCCGCCCUCCUGGGCGCAGCAGCUGACGGAGGACGGGGACACUUUUCUCCAUUUGGCCAUUAUUCACGAGGAAAAAGCCCUGAGCCUGGAGGUGAUCCAGCAGGCGGCCGGUGACCGGGCUUUCCUGAACUUCCAGAACAACCUCAGCCAGACUCCUCUUCACCUGGCAGCGAUAACUGAUCAGCCUGAAAUUGCUGAGCAUCUUCUGAAGGCCGGAUGCGACCUGGAAAUCAGGGACUUCCGAGGAAACACCCCUUUGCACAUUGCCUGCCAGCAGGGCUCCCUCAGGAGCGUCAGCGUGCUCACGCAGUACUGCCAGCCACACCACCUCCUCGCUGUCCUGCAGGCAGCCAACUACAACGGACAUACGUGUCUUCAUUUAGCAUCUAUUCAGGGAUACCUGGCUAUUGUCGAGUAUCUGCUGUCCUUGGGAGCAGAUGUAAACGCACAGGAGCCGUGCAAUGGCAGAACAGCACUACAUUUGGCAGUCGAUCUGCAAAAUUCAGACCUGGUGUCGCUUCUGGUGAAACAUGGGGCAGACGUGAACAAAGUGACCUAUCAGGGCUAUUCUCCCUAUCAACUCACCUGGGGAAGAGACAACUCAAGCAUACAGGAACAGCUGAAGCAGCUGACCACAGCUGACCUGCAGAUGUUGCCAGAAAGUGAGGAUGAAGAGAGCAGUGAAUCAGAGCCUGAGUUCACAGAGGAUGAACUUAUAUAUGAUGACUGCCUUAUUGGAGGACGACAGCUGGCAUUUUAAAGCCAUGAAAAGAAGAGUGGGAUGUGUAACAUCAGUACAGAUCUGUGAUUAUUCACACCACCUGCGAAAAAGCCACAGAGCCAAUCUUCUCAGCCCUGCGAAGGUAACGGACUACACAUCCAACCUGCUCAUCACAGGGAGCUUUCUUGUGGCAUCAAGUACUACAGGGAGCAAGUGUGGACUCAUGCCAGCACCUCUUCUCAAGGGACUCUGUGUUCAUUUGUGCUAGGCUGGUGGCAGUCCCUGUCCUUUCUGACUGACCUCAGCUGCUCUCAGUGGGGCGUCCCAGGUGGAGGAGUCAGCCCAAGGGACUGAUGGCCUCUUGACUCUUAGGCAAAAGUAGCAAUAGUGUUAACUGUGGGCAUUGGAAAAGUGUGUUUCACACUGUGUGUGUCAUAAUUGCUACACUUUCUAGCAACUGUAUAUUGUGUAAAUACUGUACAUUUUUUGUUUAUAAUUAUUUUGGUACAUGUCAGAUAUGUAUUUAUUAAAAAACCUCAGAUUACCCUA